AUCACCAUCAUCAUCUUCAUAUUAUUGCAUUACAAUGUAUUAAAACGACCUGUCGUUUACCCGGAUUAUUUCUUCUGCAUUUCUUUAUGGACUGCUCGUCGUUUUACCACCACGAAUAAUUUUUCUUAGUCGACUGGUCAACAGACGGCGUCGUAUUUACUAAUAAUACUACAAAUAAGCUGCAUUACGCGGUAAAACUUUCUUAUAGACCAGAGAUUCAUGGGUCAUUCUCUGUUGCUAUGGAUUUUGAUCUCCAAUCUUUAGCUCGCUUACUUCAAUCCCUUAAUACCCACCGUUCAAUCCAACAUGGCAAACAGCUCCACAUUCUCUCUCUCAAAAGGGGUCUCAUAUAUUCCACUCUUUCACUGGUAAACCGCAUUCUGCUUAUGUACACUCGGUGUGGCAGCACGAGCGAUGCACAUAAACUGUUCUAUGAAAUGCCCUAUAGAAACUGCUUUUCAUGGAACACCAUGAUAGAGGGCUACAUGAAGUCUGGAAACAAAGAAAAAUCCCUGGAGUUUUUCUAUUUGAUGCCCCACAAGGAUGACUACUCAUGGAAUUUGGUCAUUUCCGGGUUUGUAAAAGCUUGUGAAUUUGACAUUGCUAGGAAGUUGUUUAAUGAGAUGCCUAGGAGAAAUGGGGUUGCAUGGAAUUCGAUGAUUCAUGGUUAUGCUCGGAAUGGGCGUUCAAGAGAAGCUGUUAGGCUGUUUAAGGAAUUGAAUUUGAAGCCGUUGGAAAAAUCAUGUGGUGAUUCGUUUGUAUUAGCAACUGUUAUUGGCGCUUGUACUGAUUUGAAAGCUAUUGAAUGUGGCAAGCAAAUCCAUGCCCGGAUUCUAAUAGAUGACAUGGAAUUUGACUCAGUAUUGGCUAGUUCUCUGAUUAAUUUUUAUGGAAAGUGUGGUGAUUUAAACAGUGCGAAUUAUGUCUUAAAUACGAUGGAGGAGGCAAAUGACUUUUCUUUGUCAACACUUAUCACCGGCUAUGCAAAUUGUAGUAGAAUGAAUGAUGCUAGAAGAAUAUUUGAUAGAAAAAGUAGUCCAUGUGUUGUGGUAUGGAAUUCAUUGGUUUCUGGAUAUGUUAUCAAUAACAAAGAAAUGGAAGCAUUUGCACUCUUCAAUAAGAUGCAGAAAAAUGGAAUUCAAGUAGACUCAUCCACAGUAGCAAUUAUUUUGAGUGCCUGCAGUAGCUUUGGGAAUAUACAACAUGUUAAACAAAUGCAUUCCUAUGCCUGUAAAGUUGGAUUAGUUGAUGAUAUUGUUGUCGCUUGUGCUUUUGUUGAUGCAUAUUCCAAAUGUGGAAGUCCUAAUGAUGCUUGCAAAUUAUUCAGCGAGCUCAAAGCCUACGAUACAGUCUUGCUCAACUCUAUGAUCACAGUAUAUAGCAAUUGUGGUAGAAUUGAAGAUGCUAAGCAGAUCUUCAAGACAAUGCCUAGUAAAAGCUUGAUAUCAUGGAAUUCAAUGAUAGUGGGUCUUGCCAAAAAUGGUUGUCCAAUUGACGCAUUGGAUCUUUUUUGCAAAAUGAAUAAACUGGAUUUGAGGAUUGACAAGUUUAGCCUUGCUAGUGUGAUCAGUGCCUGUGCUGGUAUCUCUUCACUUGAACUUGGUGAACAGGUUUUUGCAAUAGCAAUCAUGAUUGGGCUAAAAUCUGAUCUGGUUGUUUCUACCUCACUUGUUGAUUUUUAUUGCAAAUGUGGUUUUGUUGACAUUGGGAGAAAACUAUUUGAUACAAUGACCAAAUCUGAUGAAGUCUCUUGGAAUUCAAUGUUGAUGGGGUAUGCUACAAAUGGUUAUGGAUUGGAAGCACUAACACUGUUCAAUGAAAUGAAGCAUGCUGAUGUGAUACCUACUGAUAUUUCAUUUACGUGCGUUUUAUCCGCCUGUAAUCAUUGUGGAUUGGUUGAGGAGGGGUGGAAAUGGUUUAAUAUUAUGAAAUAUGACUAUCAUAUUGAUCCAGGAAUUGAGCACUAUUCAUGCAUGGUUGAUCUCUUUGCUCGUGCUGGUUACAUACAAGAAGCAAAGAAUCUUGUUGAGAAUAUGCCUUUUGUGGCAGACGCCAGUAUGUGGUUAUCUGUGUUGAGGGGUUGUUUGGCUCAUGGAGAUAAGGAUCUUGGAGAAAAGGUGGCAGAGCGAAUCAUUGAGCUUGAUCCUGAGAGCUCCAGUGCAUAUGUGCAACUAUCUGGCAUAUUUGCUACCUCUGGGGACUGGGAAAGCUCAGCCCUAGUUAGAAAGAUAAUGAAAGAGAAGCAAGUUAAAAAGCAUCCUGGUUUCAGUUGGGCUGAUUGAACAAGAUAUCUGGAACGUGAGCAAUCAGGGGACUUGCAUCAUCAUGAGAAGGAAUCAUGUUAUUCAUUUUUGUUUUUGCUGAUCUUUUUGUGGGUUCAAUUACAUUCAAUCAACUGUAAAUUCGAAGCAAUCUUGUCAAUUUUGGGUUCACCUAGCUCUGUAUUUGCUACUUAAAUCAUAUCAAGAUAUCUCAUUUAGACUAUGAGCAAAGCUUGGUCUUACAGUGCAUCCAUCCUGCUACUUUUAUCUUCUUGUCACUUGUGUUAUUUGGGCAAGGUGGGCUACCAUUUUCUUACACAUUUUUGUAGCUUCCUUAUGGGGGCAUUGCCUGAUCAAAGCGGCCACACUUUCUUCUUGGCCUAUAUGAUUAUUACAACAAUUUAUUCUAGGCAUUUCCCUAGUGUGAUCAUCAUUGCAUGGAUUUGGAGUUGAGUAAAGGAGGCUUAUGCAUGGACUUGAAGAGGAAGAAAGUAGGGUAGCCAUCGAAAUCAUGAGCAUACACAGAUAUGACAAUUCAAGCAGAGGUGCAAACAUGAAUUACACUAGAAUUGUACAGUUAUUUUUUGGGAAGCCCAAAGAUUUCUUCCUCUAUAGAAGCUCAAUUAUGCAGAUGAUCUCAUAGCAUCUUGAGAUCUAGAUAUGUGAUAUAUUGAAAUUAAAUUAGAUAGUUAUGAACAUGACUUGCAUCAGGAAAGUUCAUGCCUCGCUCUUUGAUCUUUGACAAAGUUAGUCCCUGCUCAACUACAUUAGGUAAUGUGUUUGAGUCAUCAGCUUGAAAAAAUAAAAAAAUUGUUCUCAUUACUUUGUUCUCAUCUUACAUAUUCUGUAAAUCUUGUAGUCUAAAUUGAGGAAUUUUUAAUUGUAGCUUAAAUUUUGAGCUUCAAAUGCAUAGUGGAUUUAUUUGUUUA